GUCUAUUCCUUCUUCCUUUUCGUGUGGCCGUGUCACCGCGUGGUUCACUGCCGCAUUUCGCGUGAAAAAUAUCAAAAUGGCUAUCAAACCAGUAUACAGGCCUACGAUCGUUAAAAAGAGGACGAAAAGAUUCAUUCGUCACCAGUCAGACCGAUAUGACAAACUCAAGCGUAACUGGCGUAAACCGAGAGGUAUCGACAACAGGGUGCGCAGGCGCUUCAAGGGUCAGUACCUGAUGCCCGGCAUCGGCUACGGUUCCAACAAGAAGACCCGCCACAUGCUCCCCAAUGGCUUCCGCAAGGUGCUGGUCCACAACGUGCGCGAGCUCGAGAUCCUCAUGAUGCAGAACCGCACGUACUGCGCCGAGAUCGCGCACGCAGUCUCCGCCAAGAAGCGCGCCGCCAUCGUCGCGCGCGCGCAACAGUUCUCCGUGCGAGUCACUAAUGCUAGCGCGCGUCUGCGUACGCAGGAGAGCGAAUAAACUGUCACUUUAGUUACAUACAA